AUGCCCAAGCCCAGCUCCUGGGCCACGGCCCAGAACUCAGGGGGCUCAGCUUACAGGGAGGAGAGGGACCGGCCAUACGGCCUGCUGUCCAUCAACACAGUGACUGUGCUAGAUGCAGAGGGGCUGUGUACCGGGCCUUGCAGCUGUGAGGAUGACGGCUACCCAGCCCUGGAUCUGGAUGCCAGCCACGAGCCCAGCCCAGGCCUAGAAGACCCACUAUUGGACACGGGCACCACAGUCCUCUCUGGUGGCUGUGUCUUGGCUGGCAGUCCUGGGCUAGGAGGGCCCCUGGGAAGCCUCCUGGACAGACUAAAGCCACCCCUUGCAGAUGGGGAGGACUGA